AUGAGACGGCCGAAAGAUGCCUCUGCCCCAUGGACGCAUCGCGAAUUAGUGUCGCUUACAACACCAGGUGGGGAAUACAUCAUGAUCAAUUUCGGAGUCGUCGAAGGUGCCAUCAAUCCAAACAUGUUACCACAUCCUAAAUUGAACGACACAUGGAUCCUCGUUGCACAACACGGUAAACUAAAAGGAUUCCCGAAUUUCUCUCCCGAGGAAUCAUUUUACUUUGAUGAAUUGACAUGCCUGGCAAAUUUCACGUCUCCGGGAACAUUACAAUGCAUGACUCCGCCUCUGCUACUCCCGAUAGCCAAUGCACCAAACAGCCAUGGGUGUGUAGGCAAGAGUAUCUGGAUUCUUUCUACCAAUAUUGGUCCUCAUGAUGCUCGAGUGGUCUAUGGUCCGGAGUUUCCAAUCAUUGUAUACGGAGAGAAAUCACAAUACACCUGCUUCAGUCUAUGGAUGCAAGAUUUUCGCGUCCUUGUGGACUGGGAAUACGACACAUCUUGGGACAGAGUAACGGCAGUCAAUACCUCUGGCUUACGGCAUGCUGUCGAAAUGCAGCGCCCGCCGCCUAUUGGAAUUGUAGAGAAGAACUAUUUUCUUUUCUGGGAUUUCGAAAACCAAAUGUACGCUCAUUUCGAUAUUGCACCUGAACGUGCUUUCGCAAAAAUCGAGAACGACGGCUCUGUGGGCCCAAACCUCGCAUCCGAUGUGUCCAUCACCGAUCUGGAGUGUAUGAACAAGUAUAUGCCCAAGACUGGUCCAGAAUUGGAGGACAUCCACCAAGCAACGAAUUCUUUGUCCAUCACCCUUUGUGACCGCGCGGAUCCCAAAUGUAGUCCAGACACUGAGAACACCUUCAUAAUGACAAUAUGGCAGUGGAAAUCCUACCAUUCCUUCCAUGGUGCUUACGAGCCAUAUCUUGCACUUUUUAAGCGAAUGGCACCCUUCGAGCUCUAUGGCUUGACCACGAAACCUUUCUGGAUGCGAGGCCGAGGCGGAUUUGGCGAGGGAAGGCUGCCUGAUCCAAACGCAAAUGACCAGAUAAAGGCUGAAUGGAACCAGACCGAGAUGCUCUACGUUACGAGUAUGGCCUGGAAAGAACCUGGUCUUAGAUAUCAUGGCUUCCUGGACGAUAUCAUCUGGAUUGGUUUUGGUAUCGAGGACAACUACACCGCGGCUAUGGACGUGAAAGCAAGAGAUUUGUUUCCCGAUCUGCAGCGAUGCCAGUUGCCAUGA